AUGGAGGAGACUAGUGUGCUUAUCGUCGGUGCUGGCCCUAGUGGCCUUGCACUCGGGGCCUUGCUUGGCCGCAUGAAUGUCAAGCGGGAGAUCCGGGCCCUCCUAAAGGAGUUCCCCACCGUUGAAUUUCGUACUGGGUGCGAGGUCAUCGGUAGGGAAGAGCUCGCCGAUUACUCCAUUGUUGACUAUGUCGAGCAAGGCGGGACCAGGAAGCAGAUACGGACGACGUGGCUGGUAGGAGCUGACGGCAAGAGAGGAGUGGUGAGGAAGAAGUUCCUCGAACCGGAAGGGAUCAAGCAAGUUGAGGGUGCCUGGAAGUACGUGGGUACUUGGGUGGCCGCUAAUCUCAAAAUCACCAUCCCCACCCCAAAGUCCCACCCCGAGUUUCCAUUAUGGCAACUUGGAUACACGCCCGAGCAAGUUCACGAAAUAUUCUGGCCCAGCGGCUUCCAGUUUGCCACAAAAAUCGUGAACCAAUGGUUCAUCCGUAGAGCCAUGUUGAUUGGCGAUGCUGCCCACGUCUUUCCUCCCUUUGGGGGACAGGGUAUCGCGACCGGCAUUCGCGAUGCCCAGGGUCUCGCCUGGAGACUCGGAAUGAUGUCACGGAUGAAGUUGACAACUGAAGUGCAGCAGAAGAUCAUGACCGGGUGGAGCCAGGAGCGCCGACACGGUUGGCAGGCAGCCAUGGAAGCCACCAAAUUAAACGGUAGCAUCGUGAACCUACGGUCGUUUUUCAAGGGAUUCAUCUUCAGGACAGUGAUGCGCAUCCUGUGGUGGUUUCCCAGUAUCGCGCGGUACAGGACCAAAGAAAGCUUCAAGGACAAGCUCGCCUUCAAUCACGAAUCUUGCCCGGAUGGGUUCUUCAUCGGCAAGGCCGGCGGCGGACGCAAGGUGGCCCAGGUUUGGGUUCGGGAGCCAGGAGCCUCGCCCCAACUGUCCGACAGCGCAUUCAUCCGCGAUCCUGGUCAUUUCUCGUUGGUGGUCCUCGUUCGAAACCAAUCUGACGCUGACGCUGCGGCCAUCGCUGAUUUGCUAGCGGAAGCCAACCUGCCCGAAGGCCUCUUGACCAUGGACGACGUAACGUUCUACGAUAUCAGUGGCAGUUCUAGCCAGGGCAUGACUAGUAAUCUAAAAGCGGGCGGCAAAGUGUAUUACCCCUGCACCGGCACGGAGCUACUCGAGGAGGACAUUACUCCCAUCCCAGCAUACGAUGUUACCGCCGUUCAGGAUCGCCUACCGAAUUGCAGGGCCAUGAUCAGAAUCCCCAUCAAGUCGCCAAUGCAAUGCGUGUCGAAGAGAACGCGGCUCGACAGCGUCCCAUCGUCUCGCAUCCGCGAGAUGAUAUUUACUGCUGCCUCGGCCGCCUCUAUGCAGGCGUUACUCAUCUGCUCGUAA